GUUGUCGAUAUAGAUGAUCCUUGUUUGCAUUACCUUUUAGUAGUUAACUAGGUAGUUUUGGACUAGCCUUUUGUUUGAUUUGUUGGUUCAAGUUUUAGAGAUCCUAUCUAUUGAUGACUUUUAUGUGUGUAUUACUUCUCAUUUGAAUCGAAAAAGUUUCAUUUUUUUAAGAACUCUUAGUUAAGAAACUCCCAUUGGACCAUUCAAAAUGGGAAUUUCUUAACUAAAAUUCUUAGGUUACUUUUAUUAAUUAAAAAGUUAUUAAGAAACCAAUUAGAGAUAAUAGGGAUAAACAUGUUCUUAAACCCUCAACCUAUUUGUGCUCUUUCUUGUUUUGGGGAUUUGUUAGUAUUGUAGCGUCGUACGUACUAGAACAAAACCACAUGACUAAUCACUGGCUUUAUCGUUUUCUAAUAUAUUAAUAAAUCUUUAUAACUCAUCAAAAUUAUCUAGUGGAAGAACUAAAGAAGAUAUGUGAUGUGAUCCAAAAUUUAAUAGAUUACUAAUUUUGUGUAAAUUGAAGUAAAUUAAUGAAAUAUUUGGUCAAAAUUAAUUUUUGACCCCCAAGAAACUUGUGUUGGAAUUCAAGUAACUCACAAAUGCAUACAAAUUUUAUAAUAUAUUAUUAUAUUAAUUUUUAUAUAUCAAAUUUAUAUAUUAUAAUCUUGAUUACGUUUCUGGUAGAGUGAAUGCAAUUUGAAGAUUCCUUAACAUGUCAGAUAGGAAAUAAAAUAUUUGCAGGUUUUGCAUGCUCGUCUCUAUAAAGUAUUUGCAUGUGAAUAGAGCUAGGAGCUGAGUGCAGAAAUAAGAGGUGAGAUAGAAGAGAGUACCUCCCUACCCUUUCUUUCUUUGUUCUCACAUACUCUCUAAUGGCUAACGUAAAGCUUAUUUACCAUUACCUCAUAACCCACUUUUUCAAGCUCUGUUUGCUCCCAUUAAUAGCACUUGUGGCCACUAAAGCAUCAAGCCUAACCCUAAACAUUCUAUUUGCGAUUUUCACUUUCGGGUCAACCGUCUACUUCUUGACCCGACCUAGACCUGUUUACCUCGUCGACUACUCCUGCCAUCUUCCUCCUGCGCAUCAAAAGAUCAAUAUCAACAAGAAUCUUGAAAUAAAUCCUUUCCUGAGUUCACUGGGCGAGACGUCGUCUUUGGACUUCUUUUAUAGGGUUCUUGAACGUUCAGGUCUGGGGGACGAGACCUACAUUCCAAAUGCACUUCAUAGCGUCCCACCUCUCCAGACCAUGGCGGCGGCGCGUGAGGAGACAGAACAAGUCAUCUUCGACGCCAUAGACAAUCUCUUAACCAACACCAAAGUCAACACGCGCGAGAUCGGUAUAAUCAUCCUCAACUCAAGCACGUUUAACCCGACUCCUUCGCUCUCAGCGAUGGUUGUGAACAAGUACAAGCUCAGGAGCAACAUCAAAAGCAUCAAUCUUGGCGGUAUGGGCUGCAGCGCAGGCGUCAUUGCCAUCGAUCUCGCAAAGGACUUGUUGCAAGUCCAUAAGAACACUUACGCUCUUGUGGUGAGCACAGAGAAUAUCAGCCGCAACGCGUACGCAGGUGACAACAAAUCAAUGAUUGUCGCAAACUGCUUGUUUCGUCUAGGUGGGGCCGCGAUAUUGCUCUCAAACAAACCGGGAGACAGGAGACGUUCCAAGUAUAAACUGCUCCACACGGUUCGGACACACACGGGAGCGGAUGACAAAUCUUUUAGAUGUGUGCAACAAGAAGAUGAUGACAAGGGCAAAACUGGCAUUUCAUUGACUAAAGACAUAACCUCUGUUGCUGGGAGAACCAUUACCAAAAACAUAGCCACUUUGGGUCCGUUGGUUCUCCCCGUGAGCGAGAAGCUCCUGUUUUUCAAGACAUAUAUACGCAAGAAGUACUUCGACGACAAGAUUAAACACUAUGUUCCGGAUUUUAAGCGUGCCAUUGAUCAUUUCUGUAUCCACGCGGGUGGGAGAGCUCUGAUCGAUGAGCUCGGGAAGAGGUUGGGGCUAUCUCCGGUUGACGUGGAGCCAUCUAGAUCAACUUUGCAUAGGUUUGGUAAUACUUCUUCGAGUUCUAUUUGGUAUGAGUUGGCUUAUACGGAGGCUAAAGGUAGGAUGAAAAAAGGGGACAAAGCUUGGCAGAUUGCUUUAGGUUCGGGUUUUAAGUGUAAUAGUGCGGUGUGGGUGGCUUUACGCAAUGUUAACCCGUCGGUUAAUAGUCCUUGGGAACAUUGCAUUGACAAAUACCCGGUUAAGCUUGAUCUUUGA